UGCCCUAUUCCCCGCUCGUCGCCCGUGUCUCCGGUGACAGAAUGACCCGCCGCACUAGAGGGACACGGCGCUGAAUCCCUCCGGCAGGCACGCGGCGGAGGAGCCGGUGAUGCGGCCGGAGGAUGCGGCAGGGAAGGAUGGGGAUGCUCAGGAGCUCCCAGCCUAGGAACAGGAGAAAGGAGGCUGAGAAGCACAAGACACAGGAGCCAUGUCAGCGCGUGGCCGGUGUGCCAAGGUGCUCCCCUCCGAGCUGAACAAGGUGUGCCCCGAGAGAGGAGAUGACCCUGCCACACACCCCAGGAAGAUGAGUGACUUCGAGGUGGUCCCCAACCUGCAGCAGAGCAGCAGCAGUGUCUCAAAGAGCAGGAGGAAGGCGCAUUUCCCCGCUGGCAGCAAUGAAAAGGAAAAUCUCAUCUCCUGGAUUCCUGAAAACAUCCGAAAGAAGGAAUGCACCUAUUUUGUGGAAAGCUCCCAGACAUCAGAUUCUGGGAGGAUCAUUUGCGAGUGUGGCUAUCUCAGGGAACAGCACCUGGACGAUGCUGCCAAACCUCCCAUCUUCCUGGGGAAGGAAUGGGACCCCAGCAGGCACAUCCAGGAAAUGCCAACGGAUGCCUUCGGUGAUAUCCGCUUCACAGGGCUGGGACAGAAGACGGGGAAGUAUGUGCGUGUCUCCUCGGAUACCCCUCCACGGGUCAUCUACCACCUCAUGACACAGCACUGGGGCCUUGACCCACCCAACCUGCUCAUCUCAGUCACCGGGGGAGCCAAAAACUUUGUCAUGAAGCCAAGGCUGAAGAACAUCUUCCGGCAAGGGCUAGUCAAGGUGGCCCAGACCACAGGAGCCUGGAUCAUCACAGGGGGGUCCCACGCUGGUGUGAUGAAACAGGUGGGAGAGGCAGUGCGAGACUUCAUCCUGAGCUGCAGCCACAAGGAGGGCGAGAUUGUCACCAUUGGCAUUGCCACCUGGGGGACCGUGUACAACCGGGAGAGCCUCGUCUGCCCUAUGGGGGGCUUUCCUGCCGAGUAUGUGCUGGAUGAGGAGAACCAAGGCAGCCUGUCGUGUCUGGACAGCAACCAUUCCCACUUCAUCCUGGUGGAUGACGGGACCCACGGGAGGUACGGGGUGGAAAUCCCCCUGAGGACCAGGCUGGAGAAGUUCAUUUCAGAGCAGACCAAGGUGAAAGGAGGUGUUGCCAUCAAGAUCCCCAUCGUGUGUGUGGUGCUGGAAGGAGGCCCUGGGACUCUUGAUACCAUCUACAACGCCAUCACCAACGGGACCCCCUGUGUGAUUGUGGAAGGGUCCGGGCGUGUGGCCGAUGUCAUCGCGCAGGUGGCCAACUUGCCCGUGGCCAAGAUAACCAUUGCCUUGAUCCAGAAGAAACUGAGUGUCCUCUUCCACGACACCUACGAGCUCUUCACUGAGAGCAAACUGGUGGAGUGGACCAAGAAGAUCCAAGACAUAGUGCGGAGCCGGCAACUCCUGACCAUCUUCAGAGAGGGCAAAUACGGCCAGCAGGACGUGGAUGUAGCCAUCCUCCAGGCCCUCUUCAAAGCAUCCCGAAACCAGGACCACUUUGGUCGUGAGAACUGGGACCACCAGCUGAAGUUGGCUGUGGCCUGGAACAGGGUGGACAUUGCCCGAAGCGAGAUCUUCACAGAUGACCACGACUGGAAGCCCUCAGAUCUCCACCCCGUGAUGGCAGCUGCCCUGAUUUCCAACAAGCCAGAGUUUGUGAAGCUGUUCCUGGAGCAGGGAGUGCGCCUCAAGGAUUUUGUCACCUGGGACACCCUGGUUUACCUCUACGACAACCUGGCACCGUCCUGCCUGUUCCACAGCAAGCUGCAGAAGGUGCUGCUGGAGGAGAGAGAGCACACAGCCGGCUCCAAAAUGCCAAGGCUCCAGAUGCACCACGUCUCUCAGGUGCUGCGGGAGCUGCUGGGCUGCUCCACACAGCCGCUGUACCCCAAGCCCAAGCACACGGAGCGGCCCCGGCUCUCCAUCCCCGUCCCGCACAUCAAGCUGAACGUGCAGGGGUCAGGCCUUCGGUCCCUCUACAAGCGCUCUCCUGGCCGAGUCACCUUCACCAUGGACCCCGUCCGGGACCUGCUCAUCUGGGCCGUGGUCCAGAACCGCAAGGAGCUGGCAGAAAUCAUCUGGGCCCAGAGCCAGGACUGCAUGGCAGCUGCGCUGGCCUGCAGCAAAAUCCUGAAGGAGUUGGCCAAGGAGGAGGAGGACACGGACACCACCGAUGACAUGCUGGCCCUGGCCGAGGAGUACGAGCACAAGGCAAUUGGUGUGUUCACAGACUGCUACCGCAAGGAUGAAGAGAGAGCCCAGAAGCUUCUCACCCGUGUCUCUGAAGCCUGGGGGAAGACAACCUGUCUGCAGCUGGCGUUGGAGGCCAAGAACAUGAAUUUUGUGUCCCAUGGGGGUGUCCAGGCUUUUCUAACCAAGGUCUGGUGGGGGAAGCUGUCUGUGGACAAUGGCCUGUGGCGGGUCAUUACGUGCAUGCUCUUCUUCCCCCUGCUCUACACCAACCUCAUCACCUUCAGGUACUUCUGGCAGCUGGGACACGUAUGCACUGAGGCAGGCUUCCUCCGGCCUCACCCUGUGCUGACUGGGGGAAGCUGCCGUGGCAUCUCCCUGUGCACGUCCAUCCCUGCUCCCAGCAGGGAGAAGAGGCUGCAGCCCAUGGGCUGCCUGGCGCGCCUCCGAGCCUUCUUCACAGCACCCAUCGUCAUCUUCCUCAUGAACAUCCUCUCUUACUUCACCUUCCUCCUGCUCUUCGCAUACGUCCUGAUGGUUGACUUCCAGCCGACACCGUCCUGGCGGGAAUACCUCAUCUACUUCUGGCUCUUCUCCCUGGUGUGCGAGGAGACCCGCCAGCUGUUGUAUGAUCCAGAUGGGCUCGGGGUUGUGAAAAUGGCUUCCCUGUACAUCAAGGACUUCUGGAAUAAGCUGGAUAUCUGUGCCAUCCUAGUCUUUAUUGCAGGGCUGACUUGCAGGCUGAUCCCAUCAACGUUAUAUCCUGGGCGCAUCAUACUGUCCCUGGCUUUUAUCAUUUUCUGCCUGCGCCUGAUGCACAUUUUCACAGUCAGUAAAACACUGGGGCCCAAGAUCAUCAUUGUGAAGCGCAUGAUGAAGGAUGUCUUCUUCUUUCUCUUCCUGCUGGCAGUGUGGGUGGUGUCCUUUGGGGUGGCCAAGCAGGCUAUCCUGAUCCACAACGAGGAACGCGUGGAGUGGCUUUUCCGUGGCGUGGUCUACCAUUCCUACCUGACCAUCUUCGGGCAGAUCCCCUCCUACAUCGACGGGGUCAACUUCAACAUCGACCAGUGCAGCCCCAAUGGGACUGACCCCUACAAGCCCAAGUGCCCAGAGACAAACGCGGACAACAAGAAACCCAUCUUCCCAGAAUGGCUGACGGUCAUCUUGCUGUGCCUGUACCUGCUCUUCACCAACAUCCUCCUCCUCAACCUCCUCAUUGCCAUGUUCAACUACACCUUCCAGCAGGUCCAGGAGCACACGGACCAGAUCUGGAAGUUCCAGCGGCACGACCUGAUCGAGGAGUACCACGGCCGGCCGCCCGCGCCCCCGCCCCUCAUCCUGCUCAACCACCUGCAGCUCCUGGUCCGGCGGGGCUUGCUCCGCCGGCCGGCCACGCGCCACAAGCUCAAGGAGAAGCUGGAGAAGAACGAAGAAGCUGCUCUUCUCUCGUGGGAGAUGUACCUGAAGGAGAGCUACCUGCAGCACCAGCAGUGCCAAGAGAAGCAGAACACGGAGCAGAUGAUCCGGGACAUUGCACAGAGAGUUGAUGUACUGGCAGAGCUGCUGGACUUGGACUGGGUGAAGAGGACGGGAGUAGUGGAGCAAAGACUGGGCGCUCUGGAGGACCAGGUGCAUCAGAGCGCCCAGGCCCUGAGGUGGAUGAUGCAGGCACUGCGGGGCAAUGGCUUCAGCUCAGGCGAGGAUGUGCCGCCCGUGGGCUCCUCCAAAGCCUUGGACACCAAGGAGAUUGACCUGGAGGGGAGACCCGAGGAGAGCCAGCCCCCAUACCACGUGCUUGCCCGAAACCUCCUCUACCCAGGGUCUCACACUCUCCGCUUCCCUGUGCCGGAUGAGAAGGUGCCCUGGGAGGUGGAUUUCCCACUCUAUGACCCCCCUGCCUACUCAGCUGACCACAAGGACAUGGCCGUGCAGGACCCCUUCAGCCUCUCCUUGGAGUCUCUCCUGAAGAUCAACUACAACACCAUGGACGGGCUGAUCGACCGGCAGAGCUUCCACGGGCUCUAUGCCGUGCAGGACGGGCUGCCUCUGAACCCCAUGGGCAGGACGGGGCUGCGAGGCCGUGGGAGGCUGCACUGCUUUGGGCCCAACCACGCCCUGCACCCCGUGGUGACCCGCUGGAGGAGGAACUUGGAUGGAUCCAUUAUAAGGAAGAGCCUGAAGAAGAUGCUGGAAGUGCUGGUGGCCCAAUACCCACUGUCAGAUGUCUGGGCUCUGCCUGGGGGGUCACUGGAGCCAGGUGAGACGCUGCCACUCAAGCUCAAGUGGAUCCUGCGCCGGGAGUUCUGGCCCCAGUUCCAGAACCUGCUGAAACAAGGCACUGAGGUGCACAAGGGGUACCUGGAUGACCCACGCAACACAGAUAACGCCUGGGUGGAGACGGUGGCCAUCAGCGUGCACUUCGACACCCAGAAUGACGUGGAGAUGAAACGCCUGAAUUCGUUCCUCCAGGGCUGCGACCCGGAGCUGUGCAUCCGCUGGCAGGUGCUGGACAAGAGGAUCCCCCUGCACACCAACCACAAGGAGCUCCUGCACAAGGUCUCAACCCUCCUCGGUGCCUACUACUGAGGCUCCUG